AAUUAAAACGUUGGCGAGCAGGUAAGAUAUACUGUGACUGUUUUCUGCUUAAGUUUAACUUGAAGAUUUUAAAAUUAGGGAUUCAAAAUUAUAUAAGUACGAAUUACCAGUUUAAGCUGUUUCUGUAUCAUAGUUAUGUUUACUUAUUUUUUUAAAGUUGUAUCUUAGUGAGUAGGAAUAAAGAAUGUAAAGGAUGGGAGUGUGAAUGAAUAGCACAGUGGGAAAGUAAGAUAUUGCCCAGAGCAGAUUUCUCGUGUAUCGGGUCGUAAGCCACACAUAUUUUGUGAAAAUUAAUGUUGCUACCAAGUUGGGCAGGUUGAGUUUGAUUUAACAGGAUUUAAAUUCCGAACCCAUGGACUAAAAAUGGAGCGCUUAAGCGAAUCAGCCGCACGCCGAUCAGAACCUAUGGCUAGAAACUCCUGGUGAUAGUGUUCAGAAUUGAUCGCAGUGAUGAUAGGGGUGUAUUCAUGGUUUGUGCCUAUCCUUGUUAUAAUAGCUCAUUUCUCUAUUUACAUUAUCAUCUAUUUCUUCGUUUUAUCCUGCUUUACGACCGAUUAGAUUAUUUCCAUCCUGUUGUCUAAUUAUCUGCUUGAUGUGCGUUGAUGUAUGGCUGAUUGUGUUAAGUAUGUAAAGUUGAGUUAAUGGGUGAGGAGGUCGAAAGCCCACUCUGCUUAUUUUAGCCUAGGGAACUGGCUAUUGUCACCAGUCGUCAUCUGUCAAAUGUAACUCAUAAAGGCGGUCGUAGGAAACUGAGUUAUAAUUUAAUGUGGAGAAAUGGCAUGUUGCAGUUAAGAUCACUAGUGGAGUAAUAUUAUGUCCUAUUUUGGUAUAUUGACAAUGCGGUCACAGGAAAUCACUCCUAUCAUAUUGAACUCACGUAUAUAGACUGAGGAAAGGUGUAAUAGUUCCAGCGAACAUUGUGCAUAAAUAUAGAAGUUGAAUUGAACGUAGUUUUUGUUGUCAUAUAAUCUGUGUUAUAUGUUAAAUUUCAGGUGAAACUGUUAGUCAAGCUGAAUGGUUCACGGAAAAUCAAUAUGCUGGCGCUAUAGACGAUACAAGAGAUUCGAUAACUACACCCAGUGUCCCCAGUACACCAAUGCUAGACAGCGUCUCCACUUCUACACCACGAUCUACUGGCCUCACAAAUGCAUCUCCAGCCCGCACUUCCGGUAAUGUCAAUCUUGGAACUAUCGGUGCUUCAGGAGGAAGUGUUGGAGAUGAACAGUUACAGUUGCUUUAUCAGCAACUUGACGACAAAGAUGAUGAAAUAAAUAAGCAAGCUCAGACAAUUGCACGUCUUCGCCAGCAAAUUGAAGAGCAAGACGUGGUGAACAAUUCUUUGCGUAUAGAACGUGAGGGACAAUUAAAAGAAAUUACAACUCUUCAGGCUGAAUACCAGUCGAGCAAAGAUGAAGUGAAGGAAGUCCUGCAAGCCUUAGAAGAAUUAGCAAUGAAUUAUGACCAAAAGGCUCAAGAGAUUGAUGCAAAAGCGAAAGAACUUGAAGAGGCUCAAGAGUCCUUACUACAACAAACCCGUUUAAUGCAUAGUAAAGACGGUGAAUUGUCACAGUUGAAGGAUACACAUCAAAAUCAGAAGAAGAAAUAUACUGAAAUGAUGUCUAGCCUGUUGAAGGAUCUAAUUGAUGUUGGUGAAUGCUUGAAUGAUCAAAUUACGGUAGGUUUAAAAGUAUUUAUCAAUUUUGUGUUAUCAUUGAAUGGGUUCUUAUUCCAAGUAUGUGAGCAGCCUUGGGUAGGGAAGUAA